CAGAGGCAGAAAAGAGGAAUGUUAUUAGUGGUGUUAUUAAUAGUAAAUACUGUGAUGAAAGGUUAAUUAUUGUUGAAAUAAGAAAAGGGACUAAAUUAGGGAAAGUAAUAAUAGGAAAGGGGAGACUAGGUGUGAAGAAAAAGCAAGUAAAGAUAAACAGGAGGCGAGGAAGGGAAGCAAAGAAAAGAGAGAAAGAAAUAAGGUGUUUAUUUGUUGGACUCAUUCGCUUCAAACGCAUCUAUCGCUUCCCCACCUCUUUCUACUACCACUGCUCUGCUUCUUCUGCUCUUGCCUUUGCUCGCCCUUUUCUCAAGACACACCAUUUCUUUCAUUCUCUUUUGAUUCCUUCUCAUCUCCUUUUUUUUUUUUUUUUUUUUUUUAUUUAUAUUUUGGUCCAUCCUCUUAUUGAACACUCCGCCUUAUAGGCCUUCCCGUCUUUAUUUCUCUCAUUUUUCUUCUGUGUUUCUCUCUCUCUUACCUCUGCAUUUCCCUUUACCUUCACAUUCUCUCAUACCAUCAUGGCUGUUCAAGCUCAAUACCCCUCCAAUGUACUCUUUCUAAACUGCAGCAAAAGCGGAAAAGAACCACCACUUGACUAUUCUUUGCCAGGGGAAUUCCUUGAUCAUAAUCAAUCUUCUAUGUUAUUCAACAACGGAGGUAGUAAUUCUCGAAAGAGAGGAAGAGAAACAGCAGCAGCUAAGGCCAUUGCGCCAAACCUUGUCAAUUCCUUCUCUUUACAAUCACAAUCACAAUCUCCACACUUUGUAGACCUCACUCAACUUCAUAAUCAAAAUGUAGUCUCCACAGGGUUGGGCUUAUCCUUUGGUGAUCAACAAUUAAAUCAGCAGCAACAGCAAAAUCACGGCUGUCGCUCCUCUUCUUUCCUUUCUCUAUUACCCGAUGGCUUGACCUUGCAAAUCAAACAACAGCACGAUGAAAUUGACCGAUUCCUUCAAGUCCAGGGCGAGCAAUUGCGGCGGGCAUUGACGGAGAAGAGAAAGAGACAUUAUCGGGCACUGUUAAGGGCAGCGGAGGAAUCGGUGUUGCGGCAGCUGAGGGAGAAGGAGACAGAGGUGGAGAAAGCCACCAGGCGCAACGCAGAGCUGGAGGCACGUGCCGCGCAGCUUGGCGUGGAGACGCAGCUUUGGCAGGCCAAAGCAAAGGCGCAGGAAGCAACUGCGGCAUCAUUGCAGGCACAGCUGCAGCAGGCCAUGAUGAGCUGUGAGGACCGCGGGGGAGGGCUGUCAUGCGCCGGGGGCGAGGCAGAGGAUGCCGAGUCAGCAUGUGUUGACCCGGAGCGAGCUGGUCCAAAAUGCAGAGGGUGUGCAAAACGGGUGGCUUCUGUGGUGGUUUUGCCGUGUCGACACCUAUGCAUCUGUGCUCAGUGCAACACGCAUUUUCGGGCGUGUCCCGUUUGCCUCACCGUUAAAAAUUCAACCGUUCAAGUCUAUCUUUCUUAAUCUCAGUACCAAUUUACAUGCCUCUCCUUUGCAACCAAACACACCCAAAUCAGUAUCUCGAUAAACAAUAAUAGUAAUAAUAAUAAAAAGAAAAAAAAAAUCAAAUAUUUUAUUUAUUUUUUCUCUCA